AUGUCAGGCAAAUGUGCUAAAAACAUGUACGUUUAUAAGUCGCUAAGCAAGACAGAAAAUUUCGGUAAUCUGUUGCCACUGGCUUACGUGAUGUUCACCUCUGGUACUACUGGCCCGCUGAAAAUCGUCAAGGUGCCACACAGCUGCAUUUUGCCAAAUAUUUGUGACUUCCGGGAACUUUUCCAAAUGUCAUCAAAAGACAGAGUUUUUCUGAGUUCACCGCUGAGCUUCGAUCCAUCGAUAAUUGAGAUUUUUCUCGCGCUCAGUACCGGCGCUUGUCUUACCACUCCCUCAUUGCUGACGAGUUUCAGCGAUGACGUCAUUACAAAUCAGAUUCUUGGGAGCGAAAGCCGAUUACGGGUUCUUGCACUCGGAGGAGAACGUUUUCCGGUCCAUAUUUUCCGUAAACUCACCGGUAUAUCGAUCAAACCGGCCGUUUACAACCUGUACGGCAUCACUGAAGUUUCUUGUUGGGCAACGUGCUAUAAAUUCGAUCCGGGAAAGGAAUUAAGGUCUGUUUGA